AAAUGGUCACUCCAAAAUUACAUUUUCUGACAUUCUAAGAUACGAUUUUUGUUUGUUGGAGUAUGAAAAACGUGGCAAAUUCAUAGCAUUGGCGUGCCAUUUUGACAGUAAACGCGUAACUUUUUUUUUAGCCAUUUUGUCUGUGGGAAAGAGUGCAUCUAUAAAUUGUGUUAGCCCUUUGCUCACAUGUAAGUGGAAGAAAAUCUAUAAAAGUCUUUUAGGAUACUAUAUUUUCGUUGCCCCUUUUGAUACUAUCUUAUCUUUGCAUUUCGGUAGUAUCGGAACUAUUGAAACCAAUUUUCUUUGCCCAUCCAGCGUUAAUUUCCUUAUAUUUCUCCCCUUUUUUAAUUGAUUUUUCUAGCAAUGGAGACUAAACACCAAAGUGCUGGAGCACCUGAUCUUAAAGUACCCUUGCUUCUUGACCAGAACCAAAGCAAAUUACAGGAUUUAGAGGCACCUGGAAAUCAUGUUGAUAUCAAUAUCAAAGACGCCACCUCUUUCUUCAGUACUUGUUUCAAUGGACUCAAUGCUUUAUCAGGAAUAGGGAUAUUAUCAGUCCCAUAUGCGCUGGCAUCAGGAGGAUGGUUGGGCUUGAUACUUCUUUUUGCCAUAGCCACUGCAGCAUUCUACUCGGGUUUGUUAAUUCAAAGGUGUAUGGAAGCAGAUUCAAGUAUCAGAACUUACCCUGACAUAGGAGAGCGUGCAUUUGGGAACAAUGGGAGACUAAUAGUAUCAGUUUUCAUGUAUAUCGAGCUCUACUUAGUCGCGACAGGAUUUUUGAUUCUAGAAGGAGAUAACUUGCAAAAGUUGUUACCAAAUAUGGAAUUUGAAGUAGCCGGACUAGCAGUUGGUGGCAAACAAGGCUUUAUUAUAAUUGUAGCGCUCAUAAUUUUGCCCACUGUUUGGUUGGAUAACUUGACCCUUCUUUCUUAUGUCUCUGCCAGUGGGGUUAUAGCUUCUGCAAUCAUCCUUAUUUCAAUUAUCUGGACUGGUGCAUUUGAUGGAAUUGGAUUUCAACAAAGGGGAACGCUGAUAAACUGGGAAGGAAUCCCUACUGCUGUCAGCUUAUACGCCUUCUGUUAUUGCGCUCAUCCAGUCUUCCCUACGCUUUACACUUCAAUGAAAAAAAGGCAUCAAUUCUCCAAUGUCCUGGUUGUAUGCUUUGUCUUAUGUACCAUCUGUUACGCAUCAAUGGCGAUUUUGGGGUACUUAAUGUUCGGAUCAGAUGUUCAAUCACAGAUAACUUUGAACCUUCCAACUAACAAGCUCAGCUCAAGAGUGGCAAUAUACACCACCCUGGUCAAUCCCAUAUCCAAAUAUGCAUUGAUGGUUACACCAAUUGUAAAUGCCACUAAAACCUGGUUUCCAUAUCACUGCAACAAGCGAUUCCUCAGCCUCUUUGUUGGUACCAACCUAGUAAUCAGCACUGUUUUGGUGGCUCUGGCAGUUCCAUUUUUCGGUUCCCUCAUGUCCCUAGUUGGAGCAAUUUUAAGUAUCACAGCUUCAGUCAUACUACCAUGCUUCUGCUACUUGAAGAUAUCUGGAAAUUAUAAGAGAUUCGACGUUGAAAUGGUUGUUGUAGGCCUAAUAAUUAUAAUGGGCGUUGCUGUGGUUAUAUUUGGUACUUACACAUCUCUGGUAGACAUCAUAGGCAAGUUAUAAUAUGCUUAUUUUGUUAUAAUAUAAUGUAUUCUUGUGUGAUUUUGGAGGGAUUCUCUAAAUUCAGAUAAAAAUUUCUGUAAUCUCGAUUCUGAAAUCUGUUCUUUGCAGUUAGCACUAACAAUGGUUCUCAACAUCUCCAUUGCUUGAAUCAGCCAAUCUAAAAUAAGAUAACACAAAUUGAAAAUAAUACAAAAAAAGACGCAAUUAGAAUUUUAGC